CUUACUAGCUUUUGAAUGUGAUGAGCACUUCUGCUGCUGUAUAGACAACCAAGAGCAGGGAGAGUGGAACCACGAGAAGGCAGAGAGAUGAGGGAAAGAAGUAUGGACGUUUCAAGCAGGAACAAGAAGGGAAAUGGUAGGGAGAACUGAGAGGAGAAGUAGGGAAGAGUUGGAGGAGAAAGGCAGCAUCAAUAUUUGAAAGAAGAAAACAGGAGAAAAUGGAGAAAGGAAGCAGAGAGACUGUGGGUUCCAGCAGCAUGGAGCAUGAUGUCAGUAUGGAGUGUGAUGUCAGCAUGGAGCGUGAUAUCAGCAUGGAGCAUGAUGUCAACUUGAGGUUCCGUCAGCAGCUUCUGCUCAUUGAUGAACAUCUGGUGGCUGAAGAUGUAGCAGCUUUAAAAUUUCUCUGUACUGACUUGCUCCCCUUCAGAAAACUAGAAGGUGUGAAGUCAGCACUGGACAUCUUUCAGCUUCUCAUGGUUGAAGAAUAUCUGAAUGAAGAAAAUACUUUCCUACUAGCUGAACUCUUAUACAGAAUAAAAUAUCACUCCUUGCUCAAUAAACUUGGUUAUACCAAGGAGAAAGUGCAAGAGUGUCUGCAUGAGAAGGGAAGAGUGUCUCCAUACAGGCAGUUGCUGUAUGAUUUGUCAGAGAACAUCACCAGUGAGAUGUUGAAGGAUAUCAUAUUCCUCCUGCAAAGCCAUCUUCCAAAGCGACAGAUGACUCUUUCCGCCCUGGAAUUGCUGCUUUUAUUGGAAAAACAGGGCCUUCUAACUGAAAACAAUGUACAGAUGCUGGAGGAAGUUUGUAUGAAAGUUUCACCUGAUCUCCUGGAAAUGGUGAACUGCUACAAAAGGGCAAAAGUGUCACUGCCUCAGCAGGAGAACACUCUGCCAGUCAAGGAACCUUCACUGUCUCGCUCUGGAGGCACAAGAGUAUUCGCUUCCCCACAGAAAAUUACAAGAUACAAAAUGGAUGGACCACACAGAGGAUUUUGUCUCAUUAUUAAUAAUGUUAAGUUUGGUACAUCUCUUCAGGAGAGGAAAGGUUCUUGCAAAGAUGCUGAGGAACUGGAGCGAGUAUUCACGUGGCUUGGUCUGGAUGUGCGGAUUUACCCAGAUCAGACGUCUUGGCAAAUUAGAGAGCUCCUGCGAACUUGGCAGCGUUUGCCCGAUCACAAAGACAGGGAUUGUUUUAUAUGUUGUAUUCUCUCUCAUGGAGAGUCAGGAGCGAUCUAUGGGAAAGAUGAGGAGCUUAUAUCAAUCCGCACGAUCAUGUCGCACUUCACUGCCAAACAUUGUCCACAGCUGGCUGAAAAACCCAAACUCUUCUUUAUCCAAGCGUGCCAGGGUAAAGCGAUCCAGUGUCCUGUCUACGUUGAAGCCGAUGCUCGAAUUCCUGACUUGUCCUGCAUGCAACAGAGCGUUUCUCCUUCUGAAAGUAUUCCUGAAGAGGCUGAUUUCCUCCUAGGCAUGGCCACAAUUGACGGAUACGUCUCUUUCCGGCACGUUCAGCAGGGUACUUGGUAUAUUCAGGCCCUGUGCAGCAAGCUGCAGCUGUUGGUACCACGGGGUGAAGAUAUUUUGUCGAUUCUUACAGAAGUUAACGAAGAUGUGGGCAGACGUGUGGACCGCUGGGGGACAAAGAAGCAGAUGCCCCAACCAGCGUACACCUUAAGAAGAAAAUUGAUAUUCCCAAUACCAAGACACCCUCCUCCUUCACAUCAACAUUGAGGCUUUUAAAAUGCAUCCUUUUACCAGCACAUCUCAUUGAAAUGCAGUUUACCACACUAUAUGUUUUAAGGCAGUUACCCAGGGCCCUGAGGAGCUGUUCGCUUCAGGGCAAGACCUCAGGUUUUUUUUCCCAUACAAACUGUGAAACCAAAGGAGACACAAUGAAACCAAUCCACAUACUAGCUGUUUACAUCAUCUAUACAUUGAGUUAUCAGCAUUAGGAGCAUGCUUCUGUCAUGUUAAAUGUUUUUGUACUUCCCCAGACUGCAGAUAGAAAAGUUUUUCUGACAGCAUAAAGGCUGCAUGGAGCCUUCCAUAUCUAAACCACGAUCAGUAAUGGUCUGGUUUAGGCUCCUCAUGCUUUAUUUUGCAGGCUAACAAUUUAAAAUCCUGCCUCUAAAUCCACUAGCUAUGUUCAUAGAGAAAGACAAAGGUGGGAAUGAAGAGGAGAAAGCUGAAGUAGUAAGUGGAAAGGAUUUCUUCCAUCUCUAAUUUAAAUUACAUUUAAUUUGAGGGAGAAGGAGUUGACUAUUGAAAUCAGUAAUUUGUUCCACAAUGCACAUUGAUGCCUCCGAAUGGCUAACAGAAACCUCAUGUACCAUGAGAUCUUUCCAAACCUGAGUAAAGCCAAAAUUCUGUGUAAUAUUCCCUCUGUGAAACAUCAUUUCCCCAUCACUUCUGGGGAGAAGAGUUAGGGUAGAAGAUUUUCACACUAUGAAAUAGGCAUUCAGCAGUGUAUCUGCAUAGGUUUAUCAGAUCGAUUAACUUCGUUAAGCAUUACAUUUUCUGGUUAUUGUUUCUUGUUUUAAGAUCUAAAAUGCAGCCAUAUGAGAAGCAAGGCUCCUCGUUGAUUAAGCUUCCAACAGGUCAUUUUGUGAGUUAACUGAAAUAAUGACAUGCUGUUUUGUUAUGAGCAUUUACUGUGUAUGUCUGUGUCCUUCCUGUUUGUUACUGCAUUAAAUUUAUACUUCUUUUUAA